AUGUCGGGAUUCCGGGUUUCCUUUGGGGAGACCCUUCGGAACGCUGCCGCUGGUAAAACAGACCUGCCGGCGCGGAGUGAACCCAGGCGACAUAGAAAGCUGUAUCAGCUAACGAUGCGCGAGGAGCGUGAGGAGGGAAUUCGCGAUUUUCUUCCACCUCGGCCACUUCUUCCUCUUGGGUGGAAGCUGCAACACGAAUCUGGCUCAAACCGUUUCGAUUUAUUCAAAAAUGUUGAAAUUCGCCAAUGCGGAUCUGAGGAGUUACAUAUCAUAACUUUGAUGGAAACGAAAGAAUACGAAGGAACGUAUCGCAUGGACAACGGCGAGCGCGAAGAGCAAGAGUACCUUAACUUUGGCUUGUUCAUGCGCAAGAAAAGGUAUCCCACAGGAGGACUUGAAUUCAGCCUCACUUCCAUUGACUUGGAGCUCGUGAUGGAUGGGCUCACAAUACACCCCUCCGAAGAGGCAUUUGAGAAUGCAAAGUCGUGCUACGGCAGAAAUUACACUGCUGCCGCAAAAAAAGAUGCGUGCAUCCCCAGUGGUGAUGCACGCCGCCGGCGCGCGUCCAAAUAUGCAGGGCCAAUGCUUAGCGAACUCGAUGACGACCUUUCCGACGAAAUUCUUGACUACCUGGAUGAGCGAGGAGUAAACAAUGCCUUUGCUGAGUUUGUCAUGGAUCAAGCCUUCUACUUUGAGCAGGAAGAGUAUAUCAACUGGCUGCGACUCCUCCGAAAGUUCUCUGAUUAG